AGAGUGUUUAUUACAAUGGAAGAAAUCAGUAAUUUCAAGACACCAAGCAAAUUAUCUGAAAAAAAGAAAUCUGCACUAUGUUCAACUCCAUGUAUAAAUAUUCCUGCUUCUCCAUUUAUGCAGAAGCUUGGCUUUGGCACUGGGGUAAACGUCUACCUUAUGAAAAGAUCUCCAAGAGGUUUGUCUUAUUCUCCUUGGGCUGUGAAAAAGAUUAACCCGAGAUGUAAUGAUCAUUAUCAAAGUAUGUAUCAAAAGAGACUAAUAGAUGAAGCUAAGAUUUUGAAAAACCUCCAUCAUCCAAACAUUGUAGGUUAUCGUGCUUUCACUGAAGCCAGUGAUGGUAGUCUGUGUCUCGCUAUGGAAUAUGGAGGGGAAAAGUCUCUAAAUGACUUAAUAGAAGAACGAUAUAAAGACAGACAAGAUCCUUUUCCAGCAGCCAUAAUUUUAAAAGUUGCUUUGAACAUGGCGAGAGGGUUAAAGUAUCUACACCAAGAAAAGAAACUGCUUCAUGGAGACAUAAAGUCUUCAAAUGUUGUAAUUAAAGGUGAUUUUGAAACAAUUAAAAUCUGUGAUGUAGGAGUCUCUCUACCACUGGAUGAAAAUAUGACUGUGACCGACCCCGAGGCCUGUUACAUUGGCACUGAGCCUUGGAAACCCAAGGAAGCUUUGGAAGAGAAUGGUAUUAUUACUGACAAGGCUGACGUAUUUGCCUUUGGCCUGACUCUGUGGGAAAUGAUGACUUUGUCUAUUCCACACAUUAAUCUUCCAGAUGAUGAUGAUGAAGCAGAUAAAACUUUUGAUGAAAGUGAUUUUGAUGAUGAAGCAUACUAUGCAGCUCUGGGGACGAGGCCACCUGUUAAUAUGGAAGAACUGGAUGAAACAUACCAGAAAGUGAUUGAACUCUUUUCUGUAUGCACUAAUGAAGAUCCUAAAGAUCGUCCUUCUGCCUCACACAUCGUGGAAGCUUUGGAAAUAGAUGUCCAGUGAUCCCCUCAUAUUCAUGACUACUGAGCUUUACGUUGGCUCAUGUAUAUAACUGUUCUGUUUACUGUCAUACAUUAUAUAGUUACUAUGAUAAGCUGUAAUUAUUAGGCUUUUUGAAGUGACCCGCUUUAGGACCACAGCACCUAGUUAACAUUUAAACAAUUAUUUAUAAUAUUUCUUAACAUGUUUACAAUGAUAAGCAUUUGAGAUUGUAGAAAGUUUUCUAUUAAGUUUAAGAAACUAGCUACUCAAGUAUUUGAAUUUGUUUAUACAGAUUUAAAACACUAGCAUAAUACAAUGCUGUAAACUCUAACAAUUUGGAUUGAGCGACCAUCACUUUUAUUACUGUUUCUCAAAGAUUAUUUUAAUGGAUCUAUUGAAAUUAGCACUUUGUGCAAUACAAAAUAAGUCUACGUUUGCUUA